AUGGGUAUGGCAAAGGCUUUGGGGGAGGAGACACCCUUCGCCAUGAUGGCUGCAUCUGAGAUCUUCUCCCUGAAGUUGUCAAAGACAGAGGCGCUCACCCAGAUAAUUUCUUACGGGGAGCUGUCUUCUCUGCCCUACUGCCACCAGCUGAAUGGCCGGGGCAACAGCCUAAUCCGCGGCUUUGUGGAGGCUGGGGGUGCCUACCUGGGCCUGUGCGCUGGGGCCUACUAUGCCUGCUCCUACGUGGAAUUUGCCCUGGGCACAACGCUUGAGGUGAAGGGUCCUCGCGAGCUGGCAUUCUUCUCAGGCACAGCCGCGGGCCCUAUCUACGGCGGCUUCCGCUACGAAACCGAGGACGGCGCGCACGCCGCGCGUGUAGCCUUCCAGCCGCCGCACCAGGCCAGCGACGAAGCAUCCGUAAACGGGGACACGCCCAUAAACGGGAACAGCACGGCGCAGGGAACGCUGUCUUGCACCAAACCUGCAAGGCAGAUAUGCAGCCCGCUAGAUCAUCAGGCCAUGUCAGCGUGA